CAGUAAAUAUCAGGCGAGCUAGCAGUCACAGGCUAUCUGGCUACUCCCUCUCCUGACAGCAUAGACAAUGUUUUAUCACUCGUUAUUUAAUUUAGCCAGUUAACAGUCCAUUGGGUGUGUGCUGCGUAUUGAUAAGCGAUGAAAUGACAUCUUAAUUUAAUGAUAUAAGGAAGGCUUGUCCACUUCGUCCAAUCUGUGGUGACUUAGCUUAGCUAGCUUCACGGGUUAGCUUAGCGCUAGCAGGCUGAGUUAGCGUCUAAAAGGAGGCUUGGUUGCCAGUGACUAUGCAAGGGGAAACCACUGCGAUACGGAUCACGGAAAGCGAAGGCAAGCUGGAUGUAUUGCCCCAGACAAGGACCCCAAGCUCGGGGAGAGCAAGUGCCAAAAGCUGGCAGUAUAGUGACCACAUGGAGAAUAUUGAUGGCUACUUAAUGAAAUACACCAACCUUGUAACAGGAUGGCAGUACAGGUUCUUUGUCUUAAACAAUGAGGCGGGCUUGUUGGAGUACUUUGUCAAUGAGCAGUCGCGGCCCCAGAAGCCCCGCGGCAUGCUCCCCCUGGCAGGGGCUGUCAUCUCCCCCAGCGACGAGGACUCCCAUACCUUCACUGUCAACGCCAUCAGCGGAGAGCAGUACAAGCUCAGGGCCACCGAUGCCAAAGAGAGACAGCACUGGGUGAGCCGACUGCAGAUCUGCACACAGCACCACACAGAGGCCAUGGGGAAGAGUAAUCCCCCACCCAAGUCCCGGAGCUACUCUAUGGCGUCUCAAGGAAGCGGAAGCUCACCCAUGUCCGUGCGCCGGCCCAGCCAAAACCCCGCCUCCCUAUUCGGCUGGUCGCAGGUCAACAAGGGCUCGUCGCUCUACUCCAGUAAGAGGUCCCUCCUGCCAGACCACCUGAUGGACGCCAGAGAGAUGAUGACCCAGGCCCAGGGCCAACACAGAGACCUGAUCCAGAGCAUCGAGGGCCUGCCUGCAGCCCCCGGCCUCUCCCCUCUGGACCAGGAUCUGCUGAUGCUCAAGGCCACUUCCAUGGCCACCAUGAACUGCCUCAACGAGUGCCUGCACAUCCUUCAUCUGCAGCAGGUGGCCAGGCAGAGAGGCUCCCUGGGAGGACCCACCAUCGAGUGGCUGGAGCCCAAACUGCCGGACAUCCUGAAGAACGGCAGCAGCUCCCUGGGCAGCUUCACCACAGGGGAGGGCCCGCUGGAGGGGAGCCGCCUGGAGCUCAGCAGCCCCGAGUCCUGCAGCUUCUCUGGGGAACAGGAAGAUGUCACUGCGGAGGAUGAGGCAGAGGACUCCUUCUCCGACAAGGAGGAGGACCUGGGUGCUGUGGAGGAGGAGCGCAGCGUCAUCCUACACCUGCUGUCUCAGCUGAAGCUGGGCAUGGACCUCACGCGGGUGGUCCUCCCCACCUUCAUCCUAGAGAAGCGCUCUCUGCUGGAGAUGUACGCUGACUUCAUGUCCCACCCCGACCUCUUCGUGGCCAUAACCGACGGCAGCAGCCCGGAGGACCGCAUGGUCCGGUUUGUGGAGUACUACCUCACCUCCUUCCACGAGGGCCGCAAGGGGGCCAUCGCCAAGAAACCCUACAACCCCAUCAUCGGCGAGACCUUCCACUGCUCCUGGAAGGUCCCCAAGACACCAGAGGCCCCCAAGGAGCCCUCACAGGGGAGCCCCGAGCCGGCCGCGUCCCCCCAGGAGCCUUACCAAGUGCGCUUUGUGGCAGAGCAGGUGUCCCACCACCCUCCAGUGUCUGGCUUCUACGCUGAAUGCCAGGAGAGGCGGAUGUGUGUGAACACACAUGUGUGGACCAAGAGCAAGUUCAUGGGCAUGUCCAUCGGGGUGUCCAUGAUCGGGGAAGGUUGUCUAUAUUUGCUGGAGCACGAUGAGGAGUACACUUUCACGCUGCCUUGUGCAUAUGCACGCUCCAUCCUCACCGUUCCCUGGGUGGAACUGGGCGGCAAAGUCAACAUCAGCUGCGCAAAUUCUGGCUACUCAGCAGUCAUCACUUUCCAGACGAAACCAUUUUACGGUGGCAAAUUACACAAAGUAACAGCGGAGGUGAAGCACAACACCACCAAUGCAGUGGUGUGUCGUGUGCAGGGCGAGUGGAACGGUGUUCUGGAGUUCAGCUACACCAGCGGAGAGACGAGGGUGGUCGACGUCACCAAGCUGCCUGUCACCAAGAAGAGAGUUCGGCCCACUGAGAAGCAGGGACCAACUGAGUCCAGGCGCCUGUGGCAGCAUGUGACGGAGUCCUUACGGCAGAAGGAUAUCGAAAAAGCCACGGAGCACAAGAGGAUUCUGGAGGAAAGGCAGAGGACGGAAGAGAGACACCGCGCUGAGACUGAAACCGCCUGGAGGACCAGAUACUUUGACAGAGAGGGUGAAGGCUGGGCCUAUCACAAACCACUUUGGAAAAACUCUGCAUUCAAAUCCUAGUUUCUCCAGUCUGUACCUUGGAUGUUGAUAUUGUAGAUUCAGGAAUGUGUGUGUCUGAGAGAGUGUGUGUGGUUAUGAAACGAGAGCAUGACCUGCACUGACGUACAGAUGAAUGCAACACGGGGAGAAGGACAGAGACAGCAUGACUGAAGGUGUUCUCGAAUCUCACUCUUGAUUUUCACGAAGCCUCCAAGUACAAGCUUUUGUACUGCUGAUCAGUUGUUUUUUUUAUAAUCCAAUGUCAAUUAAACAUAUUCUUGUACAGGAAACGGUACUCUUAACACAGCCUUAAGAUAGUCUGAUGAACAUUUGGGGAUCUGUUGAUCAACCUGGAAACGGUUCUUUCCUUCUUUUUCUUUUAAACAGAGGUAUAACACUGAGGUCAAGUGACUUUUUAGGAGUUUCUUCCUAAAAUAAGAUAUCCAACGUAAUGAAAAUAUUUGGAAUACUGCCUGAUAAAUGUAAUGCUGUGAAGAUGGUGUAAAUUGGAUUUAGUGGACUGGAAUGUAUGGGAUCUUCAUCAACGUUAAAGCGCCUGAAAACUUUGCUCCAAACCCAAGUAUUUCUUUACAACUUUAAACAUUCAUUACUAAAUAAGCAAUGAACAAAAAAAACACUUUUUGAGAGUUUUAAAAACAAAGCUAAUCUUCAUGUGUGUGGUUUAUCUGAUUUGAUUGACUGUAAAGAAACAACCCACUAACCGUCGUCAGAUGCAAAAGUUGCUGAAAUCUGAUUGGUGCAUGGUUCAGUGUGACAUCAUCUUAAUCUACCUAAGUCAUGCCUGCUUUAAAGCUGUGAGGAGAGCACAAAGAAAAGGGAAACUGAAAUCUUUCAUGUAAAUUAAGCAAAACGGUUUGUGUUCAUGUGAGAACCCUGCACUACGGAAGCCUGGAGAGGCAAGUGAGAAAAUCAAAAAAUGGGUAACAACUGUGCCCCCCUGGUCUGAUUUGGCAUCAGCCAGGAUAAUUAUUUAUAGGUACUUUUUUCACCUGUGAACACAGGUUAAGUAUUUGUUGUUGUAAUACUAAUUUUGGCCACAAGAGGCAGAAGUGCACCACUACCCCCUGUUGAAAUAGGACUAAAAGCAUGUUUUUUCCUGGUGGGGCUGGGCAAUAAAGCCAGUCUUCCAAUCCAAUAUAGAUCAUAUACAGUCAUGGAAAAAAUUAUUAGACCAUUGUUUUCUUCAAUUUCUUGUUCAUUCUAAUGCCUGGUACAACUGAAACUGAACUAAUAACAACAAAAAGAGGGAUUGAAUCAUUUUCCAUGUUUUUAUUGAUAAUAACCAAAAUCAUAAUUUAAAAAAACAUGGAAAAUGUCUAGAUAUCAGCUAUUAAAUGAAACUCUUAUGAGCUAUUUUUGUUGUUAUCAUUAUAUUGUUCCAAACAAAUGUAACAUUUGUUGUACCAGACAUUAAAAUGAACAAGAAAUUGAAGAAAAAGAGUUGUCUAAUAUUUUUUUUCCAUGACUGUAUGUAUAGGUUACUUAGAUUAUCUUGCCCAAACAUUUUUCCUACUUGUACUUAAGUCAUAAACACGGAAAAAUAAAAAAACGUCAUCGUUCUUGCCUCUCAGGGCUUCGGUACACAGUAAGAAGUUGAUUAAGAAAAUACGUUUUCAGGGUCUUUUAAUGCAAUAAGCAGUUGAACAUACUGAAACAAAGCCACUUCCACUGUCACUGAGUACAUUUAUAUGCACACAAUCAUCUGAUCUCCGUUUAACCAUUUAAUUUGUUAGAUAUCAUGUGAAUUGUGUGCAUUUAGAUCCACUUACUGAUAUUAAGUGAUGCAUUUUAUCUCUAAAUUCUCAUUUAAUCAAUAGUUUUUGAUGCUUUAUUGAUAUUUUGGCAAAUACACUGCUGGAAUGGCAUGUUAUAGACUAGCUGACAAAUUUUAAAUAUGAUGAGUCACAUGUGAAUGCAUCUAAAAAAUUGCUCCCCCACUAUUCGUAUGUUCUUUUUAUUAGUGUUGUGGUUUUGCAGAGGAUGGAAAAAUGCAUGUGUGUUCACACUGAUUGCAGCAAGUAUAUCCUGUGUCUGCAUCACUUAAAUUUAUAAAUAUCUGUUGUAAAAGCUUUUAACCAAAUUUGCUUGUUUUGUAAUGCAAAUAAAUAUUAUUUUCUUUGUAUUCAUCCCCUAUCUUUGCGCUUUAAUUGCUCUUAUUUUUAGAGCCACUUUUUGUAUAGAGACGUUUCUCCUCAUCAGUGUUUUUGUUGUCUUUUAAUUCCAAUCUACUAUACUGUGAUGUACAUUUGAUACCUUUGUUUCUCCCGCUAGCCUCACAUUCUCAAAGCAUCCCAGUAUAAAGUAGGACACCGAUCCUAUUCUCUGCAGAAAGAGGAAAUCCACCCUGCCAUUGAUAAGCUACUCCCUCCACGUCUUGGUGCCUUAUGCAAACUCUUUCUGUGUGUGUCUUCCAGCUAAGGAGCACAGCGUUUCCAUCAGUUACUUACCUGACCGAAGCAAUGGCGUAUGUAUUAUUUGUGUGUGUGUGUGUGUGUGUGUGCGUGUGUUUUUCCUUUUAAGAAUCGGUGCUUCAGGUUGAGAGAAGUCGACUAUAAGCACUUUUAUUCUGGGUUUUUGACAUUUUCUUGGUUAUGGAUUUUUCUGGUUGUCUUGCUGACCUAUGAAAUGCACUGACAUUGAAGGAAACCUGAUGUUGUAGAAAAAUGGACAUGUGUGGAAAAUAAUCAAAUAAAUUGCGUAUCAGUUGUAUACGGUG